GCCCUACUUCCGGUACAGUAGCAGAGUCGCUCGUGCAGGGGCUUAACGCGUUUCUAGGCCGCCGUAGGCCCGGCCUGGGGCGGCUCUGACCUGACAGAGCCGGCCGCAGGCACAUGGAGGGUUCCCCAGAGGGGAAGGCGCCCGCGGCGGCGCUGGCCGCCGUGCUAAAGCACAGCUCGGCGUUGCCGCCCGAGAGCGUCCAGGUCCGGGGUUACGACUUCAGCCGCGGGGUGAAUUACCGCGCACUGCUGGAGGCCUUCGGCACCACCGGCUUUCAGGCAACCAACUUCGGGCGGGCGGUGCAGCAAGUGAACGCCAUGAUUGAGAAGAAGCUGGAGCCGCUGUCGCAGGAUGAAGACCAGCAUGCAGACCUGACCCAGAGCCGCCGCCCACUCACUGGCUGCACCAUUUUUCUGGGCUAUACAUCCAACCUCAUCAGUUCAGGCAUCCGUGAGACCAUUCGCUACCUCGUGCAGCACAACAUGGUGGAUGUAUUGGUGACAACGGCCGGGGGUGUGGAGGAGGAUCUUAUCAAAUGCCUGGCGCCCACAUACCUGGGCGAGUUCAGCCUCAGGGGGAAGGAACUCCGGGAGAACGGUAUCAACAGGAUUGGGAACUUGCUGGUGCCCAAUGACAAUUACUGCAAGUUUGAGGACUGGCUGAUGCCCAUUCUGGACCAGAUGGUACUGGAGCAGAACACAGAGGGCGUGAAGUGGACUCCUUCGAAGAUGAUUGCCCGGCUUGGCAAGGAGAUCAACAACCCAGACUCAGUGUAUUACUGGGCCCAGAAGAACCACAUCCCCGUGUUGAGCCCGGCGCUUACAGAUGGCUCACUGGGCGACAUGAUCUUCUUCCAUUCCUACAAGAAUCCAGGCCUGGUCCUGGAUAUCGUUGAGGACCUGAGGCUCAUCAACACACAGGCCAUCUUCGCCAAACGCUCUGGGAUGAUCAUCCUGGGCGGAGGCCUGGUCAAGCACCACAUCGCCAACGCCAACCUCAUGCGGAACGGGGCCGACUAUGCUGUCUACAUCAACACGGCCCAGGAGUUUGAUGGCUCUGAUUCAGGUGCCCGGCCAGAUGAGGCCGUCUCUUGGGGCAAGAUCAGGGGGGAUGCACAGCCUGUCAAGGUCUAUGCUGAUGCCUCCCUGGUCUUCCCCCUGCUUGUGGCAGAAACGUUUGCCCAGAAGGUAGAUGCUUUCGUGCCCGAGAAGAAUGAAGACUGAGCAGCUGUGGCCCUAGGGAGGCCUGACCCCCUCCUCUAUUUAUUAGUUUGAAGACCCAGCCCCUUUCUCACUCCUUAGUCAGAAGCGUCUUUAGAAUAAAUGGUCUUGGCGGUCCUCA